AUGGCUGCCUCUUCUUCAUCCUCUUCAGCUGGUGGAGUUAGUGGAAGCUCUGUAACUGGAUCUGAGUUCAGUGUCUCAGACCUUGUCAUGCUACGAAAAGCUCUUUUUACUUACCCCAGAGGAGCUGGGGAAAUGUUAGAAGAGGGCUCGGAGAAAUUCCUCUGUGAAUUGGUUUUCAGCUACCAGGUUGCAUCCACAUUAAAGCAAGUGAUACAUGAUCAGCAGAUUGCUCGGAUGGAAACACUUGCUGGUUUAGUUGAAGAACUGGAAGCUGAUGAAUGGAGGUACAAACCCAUAGAACAGCUUUUGGGGUUCACUCCUUCAUCGGGUUAAAAGCCUGU